AUGGCUCUGGCAAAUGUUUCUAGGGUAACCGAAUUCAUUCUCUUAGGGUUAACAGAACAACCUUCUCUCCAAAUACCCCUGUUCCUGCUCUUUCUAGUAAUGUACAUGAUAACUGCACUUGGGAAUUUGGCUUUAAUCAUUCUAAUUGUAUUGAAUUCUCACCUUCACACCCCCAUGUACUUUUUCCUAUUUAACUUGUCCUUCGUAGAUCUCUGUUAUUCUUCUGUGAUUACACCCAAAAUGCUGAUGAACUUCGUACUGAUGAAGAACAUUAUCUCCUAUGUAGGUUGCAUGACCCAGUUCUACUUAUUUUGUUUUUGUGUUAUUUCUGAAUGUUAUGUACUGACAUCAAUGGCCUAUGAUCGCUAUGUUGCUAUCUGCAACCCUCUCUUGUAUAACAUUGCCAUGUCUCCCAAGUUGUGUUCCUAUCUUAUGUUUGCUUCAUAUUUGAUGGCAUUUUCUAGUGCCAUGAUCCACACUGGAUGUUUGCUGAGACUGACCUUCUGUGAUAAAAACAUCAUCAACCACUAUUUCUGUGAUCUUCUCCCUUUGCUGCAGCUCUCCUGCACCAGCACCUAUGUCAAUGAAAUAGGAAUUUUCAUUGUAGCAGGAAAAGACGUUAUUCUUCCCACUGCUAUCAUCUUUAUUUCCUAUGGUUUCAUCCUCUCCAGCAUUCUUCACAUAAGGCCCACUGAGGGCCGGUCCAAAGCAUUCAGCACCUGCAGUUCCCACAUAAUUGCUGUUUCUCUGUUCUUUGGGUCAGGUGCAUUUAUGUAUCUCAAGCCUUCUUCGGUUGGAUCAAUGGAUGAGGGAAAGAUAUCUUCCACUAUUUAUACCACUUUGAUUCCCAUGAUGAAUCCACUAAUUUAUAGCUUGAGGAAUCGAGAUGUUAAAGAAGCCUUGAGAAAAACCUUGAAAAAAUCAAGCUUGGUCUAA